CGCAGUUAAAAAAAAAUAAACGUUCUUUCAGUAAAAAAAAAUUUUCUUUUUUUAUUACACACUUUUCUUUGUUAUUGUUCCUAUUAUAUCCAGAUUUAUUUAAAAUCAUUGUAAAUGUAUCAUAGUAUAAACCCAAACCAGUAAGUAUUAUUUACUUCGCAGAUGACACCAUUGGUUGCCAAAUAUUUCGCUAGUGCACUGCCCCCUUUCAUCAGGAUCAAAACAAAUAAGCGUUCGAAGAUAAUGUCAGUAGUUAGUACAAUGUCAACCAUGUGUUUAAUAAGUACAACGGUUCCAGUCUAGUCGUUUAACAUCCUAUUGAUUUAAGAUCGUGUAAUGUUCAUUUUAUCAAUUUAUUCUAUCAAUUUAUUCGCUUAGUAACCGUGCAGGUGACAUGAUUUUACCUUCAAUAUGCUGAUUCUCUUAUCGUCUUUGAUCCACGAAUUCGAUGUCUAUGGGAAAAGUUACAAUGGCCAAGCGCAAGGCAUCUAAACGACUUAGAUGCACACAACCCUUGCAUCAAUCGCAAGAGACGCUGCUGCAGAAAUCUGAAUCUUCCGAAAGGAUCGACAGCGUAGAAAACAAAGAUACUCCUUCGGAGAAGAAAAGAGGUUCGUUUGAGCAUUUGUUACAGCAACGUUCCCCAGAAUCUGUGCUAUUCGAAUCACCGCAACUAGAAUUGUCCUGUUACGAUGACCUCAGUCCAGAAAUCGUAACCAGACUACGACGAUCAAAACUAGACCCGAAUGACUCGGGCAAGAACAGCAACGGACAAGAUGAAUCGCAACAGAGGAUCGAAUCGCAUGAAAUUAAAUCGAAUAAUUCGUCGGAAGAGAAAAUCGAAAGAUCUCCGGGAAAAUGUUUCUCAAUGGAUAAGACCAUGUCGAUAAAUGAUAGAAUCAAGCUGGAAAUGAAUGAAUGCCAAUCAACGCGAGAAAUCAAAUCCUCCAAAGAAAUUUAUACAUAUGACACUGAUCUAUGUUCUUCAAAAUUGAUCUACGAACUGCCUUGUGGCUACGUCUCGGAACCCGCUCAAUUUGGUACCUUUAAUUCCGCGUUAGAGUCUCAGGCUCAAGAGUACGAUUGUUUCGUUGACGAAUUUCGUUCUGCGGUCUCCUCCUGUGAGGCUCAAGAUCAAUUGGAAAAUGAAAACAAGAGAGAAUGUUUUGAAAGUCUGAAUAGACAAAACAGUGAAAGUAAUAAUAAAUUUAUUAUAGUUAACGAGAAGGUUCGAGAAGAUUCGCGUAAUAGUGGUUUAGAUAAUUGGAGCGAGUGCAAAAGGAUCUUUUCGAAUCUACGACAAUUGAACAGUAUUAAGGUACGAACUAGUGCUCAAGAAUAUAUCGCGAACUUUUUGCCAAAAUGCAAAAAGAACGAUCCGCCACGGUCGAUGCAAAUGUCCUCUCUGUCUUAUCAUACCCCUUCGUCGAUAACGUCGAACGAAAUCUCGAACGAGUUAACCAACAGACAUGAUUUGGAAGGAAUUGAUAAAACCAAGGAUAAAAAUUACGAUCAACAAAGUUACGGGGAAAUAAAGAGUAAUAUGACAAAAAUUAGAGCACGUUCGACCACACCCUGCAGUGGUUCACCGCCUCCUGCUAAAAGAUGUCGUACCACAUUAAAGUUUGAUGACGAAGAGGAAGUUGAGCAGUCCCGAAAACCUGUUGCCACCGUCGCAGUUACGGAUCUAUUACCAGUUGAAAAGAAAGAUGAGCAAAGUUCUUUGUAUCCCAUUACGAAGACCCCUUGGCGCGGUUGCACACCAGAUUCACCGACUGUCUCACUUGAUUUACCGACCAUUUCCGAUUCUGGAUGUAGUAUAUGUCUUCAAGAAGUAAUUUUCUUUAGAUUUAGUCUUGGCUUUUAUUACUAUUACUACAAUAUCAUCAUCUUAUUAUGUUGCUACAACUACGUUAAGAUAUUAAUUAUCAUUUAUUUGCAGUGCGAACGGGGAGUCAAGUAUCCUAAAAAAUGUACAUGCACGACUUACAAACGAAACCCUAAACCAUCGUCUCAAUUCGUUAAGAAACCUAUGGCAAAAAUUAUAUUAUUUUGCGUCUGGUUAAUAAAAAAAGUAACAAGUGCAUUCAAAAGAAGUUGCAAAAAUUUAAGAGAAAUCGUGUCGUUUUCUUCGACAAAGCGUCAAAUGGAUGAACUCAGUCAGGUGGUAAUAAUGUUGCGUUCAGAGAACGAACGGAUGAUUAACAUGUUCCUGGAGAAAGUCACUUAUUUGUCUGAGCAAAUUUCUCAGAUAAGCGCAAAUAGCGUAACAGCUAUUAGUACUUUGACUACUGAGGUCAAUGGCAUACAGGAUGCCAAUAAUAAGCUCGCCGAAAGUAACGAGACACUAAUACAAGAAUUAAAAAAACUGCAGAACUCGUUGGAAAAUAUUCGAGCAAUAAAGUCUCCUAAAUUUUCACCUCCACAUCCUCCUCCGGAUCUACCCCCACAGCCAGUGAUCUUAAAAUCGACCUUGUUGACGGGUGGACCACCUCCGCUAGCCCCAGCACCGCCACCACCACCGCCACCGCCACCGCCACCGCCUCCACCUCCGCCACCACCGCCUCUACCACCUGUUCUUCCUACGCUUUCCCAGUCCCCAGCACAAUCAAUUACACCAACCACCCCCAGUAACAGUAGAAAUGUUAGGACACCUUCCAGAAAGUGCUCGACACCGCUAUUUAAUAGGCCAGCUAUUACUGUCGAGGAUUUGUUGAAGGUGACUUUAAAGAAAGCACCUCAAAACAUUAAGGAGAAUAGAAGAAAUACCAUACCAGGGCCAAGAGGACCCGUGGUUUCAUUGGACAUGUUACGUAGCGUGAAAUUAAAGUCUGCCAGGCGCAGAUCGAACGACCAAAUCGUGAGAUCUCCUAGAAGUGCUCGUAUAAUAAAAACUAGGACAUCGAGCCUCAGUCUAUCGCCGAUAGGUACAGAUAACUCGUUGGGACGAAUCCUGAAACAGGUGGAUCUUUACAGACGAGGACCUAGACGUCUAUUGUCAAACACGUCGAGUUUUAACGGUAUAAUAAAAGAUAAUCAUUUACAAAACGCGAACGCGAAAGAUAACAGCUCGUAAGCUACAAUUGUAUAAACAUAAUUCGUUAUUGAUGAAUGAUUUUAGAAAGAAUUUUAACCGAAGCGUGUAAUUUUAAUGGAUUAAAUUAUCAUUUUUCUCGAA